AUAAGCCCAACGCCUCUCUCUCUCUUUCUGUCUCGUAUCUGUGAAAUCCCCAAACCCCUAUUUCCUUCCACCCUUAUUUCUCAAAAUUCCGGCGACCUCAUCACCACCGCCCGCUCGCCACCGGCUUCCCCUUUCAGCGGACAAGAUCGUCCGUCUCUCCCCGACCGCCUCAGCUGCGCCAUCUCUCUCUCGGCCAAGGACAAGAACCCAUCUCCAACUCACCAUUGAAUCAUCCGAAACUCAACACCUCGCUCAGUCAAGAUUCGCUUCCUACUCAGAUUACACGACUCAGCAGAUUUGAAAUCUGAGUAACUAGACAUUGUGGUUGUAAGAUUUCACCUGCAAAAUGAGGAUUAUGAUAAAGGGAGGUGUGUGGAAGAACACGGAAGAUGAAAUUUUGAAAGCAGCCGUUAUGAAAUAUGGGAAGAAUCAAUGGGCGAGGAUUUCUUCUCUGUUGGUCCGGAAAUCGGCUAAACAAUGCAAGGCCCGCUGGUACGAGUGGCUGGAUCCCUCAAUCAAAAAGACUGAGUGGACCCGAGAAGAAGAUGAGAAGUUAUUGCAUUUGGCAAAACUCAUGCCCACCCAGUGGAGGACAAUUGCCCCUAUUGUUGGGCGUACUCCAUCACAGUGCCUGGAGAGAUACGAGAAGCUUUUGGAUGCGGCCUGUGCCAAGGAUGAGAACUAUGAACCUGGUGAUGACCCACGAAAAUUGCGCCCUGGAGAGAUUGACCCCAAUCCGGAAUCGAAGCCUGCCCGUCCUGAUCCUGUAGAUAUGGAUGAAGAUGAAAAGGAGAUGCUUUCUGAAGCUCGGGCUCGGUUAGCCAACACUAGGGGUAAGAAGGCAAAAAGGAAAGCUCGAGAGAAACAGCUUGAAGAGGCUCGGAGGCUUGCUUCAUUGCAGAAGAGAAGAGAGCUUAAAGCUGCUGGAAUUAACCUUCGCCAUAAGAAGAGAAAGAGAAGAGGCAUUGAUUAUAAUGCUGAAAUUCCUUUUGAAAAGAGGCCUCCGCCUGGCUUUUAUGACAUUGCUGAUGAAGAUCGGCCCACUGAGUUAGUCAAGUUUCCUACAACAAUCGAGGAGUUGGAAGGUGAAAGAAGAGUUGACAAAGAAGCUCGAUUAAGAAAGCAGGAUAUCGCAAGAAAUAAAAUAGCAGAGAGGCAGGAUGCUCCAUCUGCAAUCUUGCAAGCAAAUAAACUUAAUGAUCCUGAAGCAGUUCGAAAAAGGUCCAGGUUAAAUCUCCCAGCCCCACAAAUUCCUGACCAUGAGUUGGAGGCAAUUGCUAAGAUGGGAAUUGCUAGUGAUCUUCUUGGAAACGAAGAACUUACAGAAGGAAAUGCUGCAACACGUGCUCUUCUUGCUAGUUAUGCUCAGACUCCGAGACAUGGCAUGACUCCUGGGAGAACUCCUCAAAGGACUCCUGCAGGCAAGCAGGAUGCUAUUAUGAUGGAAGCAGAGAACCAGCGGAGGUUGACAUUGUCUCAGACUCCGUUGCUUGGUGGGGAUAAUCCGAUGCUGCACCCUUCAGACUUUUCUGGGGUGACUCCGAAGAAAAAGGAUAUUGCAACACCAAAUCCUCUCUUGACUCCGUCGGCAACUCCUGGAGGUGCUGGUCUCACUCCGAGAAUUGGGAUGACACCUACACGUGAUGUAUAUGCUGUUGGUAUGACUCCAAAAGGAGCUUCAAUGAGGGAUGAGCUGCACAUAAAUGAAGAUUUAGAUAUGCAUGACAGUGCCAAGCUGAGGCAGUCUGAUUCGAAAAAGGAACUCAUUUUUGGACUGCAAAAUCUCCCACAACCCAAGAAUGACUACCAAAUAGUUAUUCAACCAUUGGCUGAAGAAGAUGAAGAACCUGAUGAGAAGAAGAUUGAGGAAGACAUGUCGGAUAGAAUUGCUAGAGAGAAGGCCGAGGAAGAAGCAAGGCAACAAGCAUUACUCAAGAAAAGGUCGAAAGUACUGCAGAGGGAGCUGCCAAGACCUCCUGUGGCUUCGUUGGACCUCAUUAGAAACACUUUGAUGAGAGCUGAUGAAGACAAGAGUUCCGUUGUUCCGUCAACCUUAGUUGAGCAGGCUGAUGAAUUAGUAAGAAAGGAGCUUUUAUCUUUGCUAGAGCAUGAUAAUAUAAAAUAUCCUCUGGAUGAAAAAGCAACCAAGGAGAAGAAGAAAGGUGGAAAACGUGCUGCAAAUGAAAAUUCUGUAUCUGUACCAACAAUUGACGAGUUUGAAGAAGAUGAGCUGAAAGAGGCAGAUAAAUUUAUAGAAGACGAGGUCCAAUAUCUUCGUGUUGCUAUGGGCCAUGAGAAUGAAUCUAUUGAUGGUUAUGUGGAAGCACAUAAAACAUGCUUAAAUGAUAUCAUGUACUUCCCUACUCGUCGUGAUGGCUAUGGUCUAGCAAGUGUUGCCAACCAUGCAGAAAAACUUGCUUCCCUGCAGAAUGAAUUUGAAAAUGUGAAGAAGAAGAUGGAUGAUGAGACUAAAAAAGCACAACGGCAUGAGCAGAAGAUUAAAGUUCUUACUAAUGGUUACCAGAUGCGAGCUAAUAAACUUUGGGCACAAGUUGAGGCAACCUUCAAGCAGAUGGACACCGCGGGAACAGAACUUGAAUGCUUCCAAGCUUUGAAGAAGCAAGAGACACUAUCGGCAACAUACAGGAUCAGCAACCUAUGGGAAGAGGUUCAGAAGCAGAAGGACCUCGAGCGCACUUUACAGAAACGGUAUGGCGAUCUAAUGACUGAAUUAGAAAGUGCUCAGCACUUGGUAAAUGCAUAUAGACUGCAAGCAGAAAGAGAUUAUGAAAAUGCUGCAAAAGACAACGACACUGCAAUGGAUGCCAUCGACACAACUCAAAAUCAAUCUGUUGGACCAGAUAUUGAAGCUCCUGAGGACAAAGUUGCUGCAAAUAACAAUGAUGCAGCAAUGGAAGGAGUCGAUGCAGCUGAAGACCAACCAGUUGCCUCAGAUGUUGGAACCUCUAAAGAGGAAGUUGUCACCAAGGACACGGUCGAGGCUGAGGCUGAGGCUGAUGCAGCUGGAGAGGAGGUGGGUGUCCCUACGGCUGAGCCUGAGGCUGAUGUAGCUGGAGAGGAGGUGGGUGUUCCUACUGCUGAGCCUGAGGCUGAUGCAGCUGGAUACGAGGUGGUUGCUCCUACUGCUGAGCCUGGAGGCAUCCCAAACGAGGAAAAUUGUACUGAAACGCAAAAUGCUGAUGAGACGAGAGGCCCGGAGUUGGACCCGGCUCAUGCACAGGCUGAAUCGAGAUCUGAGGAUGGAAAUGAUGCUUCACAAGAGAAUGCAACAUCAACCACUGGUGACUUGCAAGUAGCAAACGAGAUUGCGGGUGAAGAAGCAUAAAUCAUUUUCAUUCCGUACUUGAAAUUGGAGAAUAUGUGUUUUAUUAAUUUUGUGAGGGUGAAAGGGAAGUGGUAUGUAUGUUCAUUCCAAAACGUGAACUAUAUUUUUACUUUAAUUAGUACUUCCAUCAGAUAAUUCAGGAAUCUAUAAAGAGAGUUGGUUCCUUUUGUA